GCAGGUGAAAGAUGCUAAGAAAAGCUAAAGAAGUGAAGUCUGGCUCGUGCUUUGGAACAUGAACUUGAGUGUUUUGUACCACUGUGCUCUGUGCACCCUGAGUCUGGCAGUGCUUGUUGCUGGCAAUGUUCACCCAGAAUGUGAUUUUAUGACAGAGCUGAAGAAAAAAGAGGCUGAAUGUCUGAAGGACUCAGAAGAGCAUGGAAAUGCAACACCACCAGGUUGCAAGAGAACUUGGGACAAAUUACUGUGCUGGUCAGAGGCAGAUGCUGGAGAGACACUUGCCUUACCAUGCCCAAACUUCCUGUUUCACUUCAUGAAGGAGCCAGCUGGGACAGUAAAAAGGAACUGCACAAAGAAAGGCUGGUCUGACCCAUUCCCUCCCUACCAUAUUGCUUGUCCAGUAGAAGAUGAGAUUCCACUCGAAGAACAAUCCUACUUUUCUACUAUAAAGAUCAUCUACACUGUAGGAUACAGUGUAUCCAUCACCUCACUCAUUAUUGCUGUGACAGUUCUCAUUGCAUUCAGGAGGCUUCGCUGUCCCAGAAAUUAUAUCCAUGUCCAGCUCUUUUUUACUUUUAUCUUAAAAGCUAUUGCCAUUUUCAUUAAGGAUGCUGUCCUUUUCCAAGAAGAAGACAUUGAUCAUUGCAGCUUCUCUACAACUGAAUGCAAGAUCUCUGUUGUUUUCUGUCACUACUUCAUGAUGACCAAUUUCAUGUGGCUGCUGGUAGAGGCUCUUUACCUAAACUGUCUGCUACUCUCAUCUCUUUCUCAUGGAAGAAGGUAUUUUUGGUGGCUUGUUCUCUUUGGCUGGGGUUUUCCAACACUUUUUACCCUUAUAUGGAUAUUAGCAAAAUUCUACUUUGAAGACACAGCAUGCUGGGAUGUUAAUCAAGGCUCUCCUUACUGGUGGCUAAUCAAAGGACCUAUUAUAAUUUCUGUGGGGGUCAAUUUUGUCCUAUUUAUCAACAUCAUCAGAAUUCUGCUGAAAAAACUGGACCCUAGACAAAUCAACUUCAAUAACUCUUCUCAGUACAGACGCCUCUCACGGUCAACUCUGCUUCUAAUUCCACUAUUUGGAACACAUUAUAUUGUCUUCAACUUUCUUCCGGAAUAUACCAGCCUGGGGGUUCGGCUUUACUUAGAGCUCUGCAUUGGAUCUUUUCAGGGGUUUAUUGUAGCAGUUCUCUACUGUUUCCUGAACCAAGAGGUGCAAACGGAGAUUGGCAGGAGGUGGCAUGGUAAGAGGUAUGGACUUGUGCCAGUGUGGAGAAGGACGAGAUGGACGGUGCCCUCUAGCUCUGGAGUGAAAAUGACCACAUCUGUGUGCUAAACAUGGCCUCGGGAUCUGAAGCAGCCACAUAAACAAGCUUGAUAAGGGAUAAAAACAAAUAACAAACUAACCAAAAAACCCAGCAAGCUCAAUGAUUGCAGCUUAUACCGGGCAAACUGGAGGAAGAGCCACUCCUACAGCAGUUCUGUUCACUGAAUGUCUUUUGCAGGAUAAAUGUUUCGUGGCAAUUAGACACUGGGUGGCCUUCUAAACACAAAAUAAACCUCUCCUUGAUAUACUAUGCAUCCCAGCAAACACAAAAAGCACCUCUUCUUGGUUCCCUUCCUGCACACUUUCACUGGUAAACCAUUUAGCAGUUUACCUUUGAGUGGACACCAGUAGUACCUUUCACUAACAUCACAGAUGACCAGAUCUGGAAACUUGGAUUCAAACCUCUUACAAUGGGAACUGGAGUCUGUCCAACUUGCUUAAGUUUUGCUUCUUGUUCUUAUUCAUUAGACAUGCAAAUAUGAAGCUGAAUGUCUCGUCAAACUGCAACUCAGUGACUGAAAAGUUCUCUUUAACUGCCUUUUAAUAUUGUUUUUCUAGAAGCAAAAAGAUUCUAUGUUCAUAAUUAAAAGCAAUGUACUCAUGUACUGGUGUUACCCCACUAGCUACUGGUCAGAAAAUUUCUGACAGCCAAGUAGCAGAAGGUGGAGGUGUUGGGAAGGAUGAGGUUCUAUAAAAUAAUCAUUAAGGAAUAACUUGGCUUUGCAAGUAAGUUAAAAAGAAAGAUGAAGUUUUGCACAGAAAGAGUAUGAGAUUCAUGAGAGAUUGACUACAAGGAAUGCUGCUCAAUAUUUUCUAG